GACUAAUGCCUGUCAUAUGACUGAGACCCAUGGAGACAGUUACAAGGAACAAGACUCGCUCGUGGAUUUGAAAAAAAAGAAAAGAAAAGGGGACUCUUUUCUCCCCCCCCCCCCCCCUUACAUGGUACAAAAUGCCUCCGACUCUCUUUCAGAAACUUUUCAACAAGAGGAGCGCUUUUUCGCCGCCUCCGCAGAGAGGUAACAAAGAGGAGCCAGCUUUCAGCUGGCCAAUCCCGCAGCUGGAGCCCAGUCACAUCCGGCUGAUCGUGUACCAGGACUGCGAGAGGCGGGGCCGCAACGUCCUCUUCGACUCAAACGCCAAGAAGAGAGGCACGGAAGACGCCCACCUCGCCGGCACAGAGGGCCAGGUGAAGAUGUUUGGCAAAUGCUGCCGGCUUCGACCGACGGGGGGCAGCAGCAGCUCCCUGGACAGCUCCUCCUCGUCCUCCUGCGCCUCCGAGACCGCCAGGGAAACCAAAGAGCAGGGCCUCCGCUUUCAGGGUUCGAGGUGUUCGUCUGACGUGGUCAUGCUGGGGGAGAUGAUGUUUGGAUCGGUGGCCAUGAGCUACAAAGGCUCCACGCUGAAAAUACACCAGAUCAGGUCGCCGUCUCAGCUGAUGCUGAGUAAGGUGUUCACAGCCAGGACGGGAGGCAGCGUGUACGGCAGCCUCAACACGUUACAGGACAGUCUGGAGUUCAUCACUCAGGACAGCGGCAACACGCUGCGGCCCGAUCAAAACACCGUGCCAAAUAAUCUCCUGGGGAACAUAGGAUUUUCUCAGCUCUGCAGCCCUCGACGGGCCUUCUCUGAGCAGGGCCCGCUGCGUCUCAUCAAAAGCGCAUCUUUCUUUUCAGGCCACAGCCACCCCAUGGACAUGCCGGGCCGAGGGCUGUACGACGAGCGGGACAGCGGCAUCGCCCGCUCAGCGUCCCUGAGCAGCCUCCUUAUCACGCCCUUCCCUUCGCCGGGCUCUUCGCUGACCAGCAGCUGCGCGUCCAGCUACCAGCGGCGGUGGCGACGCAGCCAGACCACCAGCCUAGAAAACGGUGUCUUCCCACGCUGGUCGGUGGAGGAGAGCUUCAACAUGUCGGACGAGAGCGGCGGGCAGAGCCUGGGCGCGGCGCGCAAGAAGAAGAUCGCCAUCGGCGUCAUCUUCACGCUGUCGCCAAGCCCGGAUGAGAACAGCCGCUUCCAGGACUUCUUCUUCUCGCACUUUCCGCUCUUCGAGAGCCACAUGAACAAGCUCAAGAGCGCCAUCGAACAGGCCAUGAAGAUGAGCCGGCGGUCAGCUGACGCCAGCCAGAGGGCCUUGGCUUACAGCCGCAUGGUGGAGGGGCUCAACGAGUUCAGGAUGACCAUAUGCGACCUGUACAGCAUGCCCCGCGUGGCCGAGCCCGUGUGGCUGACCAUGAUGUCGGGCGCGUCUGAGAAGAACCACCUGUGCAGCCUCUUCAUGAGAGAGUUCUCGCUGCUGAUGGAGCAGGCCUCCAAAAACCAGUUCCUCCCGGCGUUGCUGACGGCCGUCCUGACCAACCACCUGGCCUGGGUGCCCACGGUCAUGCCCAACGGCCAGCCGCCCAUCAAGAUCUUCCUGGAGAAGCAUUCGUCGCCCAGCGUGGACAUGCUGGCCAAGACGCACCCCUACAACCCGCUGUGGGCGCAGCUCGGCGACCUGUACGGCGCCAUCGGCUCUCCGGUGCGCCUGGCCCGCACGGUGGCCGUGGGCCGUCGUCAAGAGCUGGUGCAGCGCCUCCUGUACGUGCUGACUUACUUCAUCCGCUGCUCAGAGCUGCUGGAGACGCACAUGCUGGACGGCGCUGAGGACGAGGCCAUCGUCAUGCCCGGCUCGCUCAUCACCACCUCGCUGCGCAAGGGUGAAGUGGAAGAGUCGGACUACGUGCUCGUGACCGUGCACAAGCCCGGCGGCGACUACUUGGCGGAGAAGGACGACGAGGGCGAGGACCGGUGCCAAGCGACCGGGACUCUCCAGGACGACGUUUGCCGGACUUCGGAGGAACUCGAGGGGCCUCAUAAGGAGUCCGGCAGCCCGCUGACCGCCGAGGCCCGGCUGGAGACGGUGCUGCCCGUGGGCUCAUGCUCCCCGAGAGAACGCGGACCGGACGAGGGCCUGGGCAGGGACCCUGUCGGAGACCCCAUCGGGGACCCCCUGCUGGGCUUCCCCCUGGAGAAAAAGCCUCCGGACAAGAACGUCCCCCCGGGAACCAGCGCGUCGGGCCCUAUGUCUCUCAUCCUGCCAGAGGAGGCGGCCAGCAAAGUCACCUUCCUCAUCGGGGACUCAAUGUCGCCCGAGUCGGACACCGAGAGCCGGCGGAGGAAGGUGGAGGAGGAGAUGAAGAAGCACAGGAAGCUCCACCAUCUUCCGCCGCCUACGCCGCAGGACCCCCCGUCCUUGCAGCGGGUGUCCAGCAAACUUCCCCCGUGGAACACCGAUGCUCCGGAUUUUAGCCACUUCGACGAGUACUUCUGCGCGGAGAACCCGGUGGAAACGAGGACAAUAGACGACGUGGCCAAGCGGGAGGAGGCCGCCGGCGCCGUGGCCGGUCUUCGUAAAGACCUUCUGGACCCAUCGGGGGUCGGGCGUCACGUCCAGGGCGGCAUCGACAAAGCGAGCGACUCGUCGGACGCGCACAGGAGGUGCAGGUGCGCCUCUACGGACUCGUGCGACAAAGGACUCGUCCUGUCCGUGCCCGUCCUCCACCACUGCGCAGGCAAAGGCGGAGGCGGCGGUGAGGACCAAAAGUGCAAGGUGGCGCCCCUCAACGACUGGGAGAUUCCACGCAACGAAAGCUCAGACAGCGCGCUGGGCGACAGCGAGAGCGAGGAGACGGAGGACUGGCAGGAGGAGGUGCUGGUGCCUUUCCCUGGCUCCAAGCUAGUGGAGAACUACUCCAAGCCGACCAUCGCCAACUUCGGCCGCUCCCUGUUCGGCGGCUACUGCCCCACCUAUGUGCCAGACUUUGUACUGCACGGGAUGCCCGGCGACGACAAGCUACGGCAGAGCCUCAUGGCCGAACUCACGCACGCCGUCCAGCAUCCGGUACUGGACGAGCCCAUUGCCGAGGCCGUGUGUAUUGUGGCCGACACGGACAAGUGGACGGUGCAGGUGGCCAGCAGCCAAAGAAGAGCCACCGAUGUGGGCAAGCUGGGCAAGGAGGUACUGGUGUCAAGCCUGGUGUCAGGACUGCUGCACUCCACGCAGCAGCUCUACAAGCUCAACAUGUCGCCCAACUUUUGCAUCAUGCACCUGGAGGACCGCCUGCAGGAGAUCUACUUCAAGAGUAAGAUGUUGGCCGAGUACCUGAAGGGCCAAAAGAGAGUCCACGUCAAAGAACUGGGCAUGGUUUUAGGAAUCGAAUCGAGCGACCUUCCGCUUCUGGCCGCCGUGGCCAGCACUCACUCGCCCUACGUGGCCCAGAUCCUGCUGUGAGGGCGACAACGCGUCUGGGCUUCCUUUUUUUUUUUCUCCUCCAUUUUCUUUGUGGAUGGACCUCACACACUGUUGCUGCUGACAGGUGCAGUGUCCGAUCGUACCACAGGAGGGUACUAUUGGGCAAGAAAGGAAGAAUCUUUGAAUGUUUUUCUUUUCUUUCUUGGACACCAAGCCAAAGACUUGACUGCCAAAGGGGUGUUAGGAUCACGCUGAAAAGAAACUGAAUGUUACACCACGAGAGUGAAGUAAAGACAUAUUUUUCUUAUAAAAAUAAAUUGUAUAUUUUUGUGGAAAAAAAAAUAAAAAUAUCAUAAUCUUUCAAGAAUAAUACCAGAUGAUUGUAUCUAAAGGAGGCUUUUCCCCUCCUUAUAUUUCCGAAUUUGUUCUUGUGAUAUUAUGGCUUUUUCUCCCCCUCCAAAAAUAGAAAAUUUUCUUUUCUCAAAAACGUAUUCUCAGUUUUUUUUCUUUUUUUUCUUGAAUGUAUACAAAUUUUCUUCUCUAAAAUAUCACAUUUCUUUCUCGAAAUCAUAGGACUUCCCCCCCCCCAAAAAAAUUCCACUUUUCCUUUAAAAAAGCCAAAACGUUUUUUUCUCGUGAUAUUAAUUAUAACAGUUUAUUAUAUCAAAUAUGAAACUUGAAACUUUUUUCUAGAAAAUAUACAACUUUUUUAACCAAAAUAUGCAAGUGGUAUACGAUUGUAUUUCUUUAAAGAAAAAAAAAUAAUUAAAAAAAAUGAUUUAUUCUCACAAGAUCCAGAUUUUUUUUUUUUUUUUUUUUUCCUCAAAUGUUACUUUGUUCUCAAAAAUUGGCAACUUUUUAUCCCCACAAAAUAUGCACUUUUUUUUUUUCACAAAAAAAGAUGUUAAUGUAUUCACAUAAGAUGGAGUUUUACUCAUUCAUUUUCUCGAAAAUUAGCGACUACUUUCUCGAAAUAUGUAGGUUUUUUUCCCCGCAAAAAAAUACUAAUCCUUUUCCCUCAAAUAUGCAACUCUAUUCUCAAUAAUUGGUGACUUCUUUUUUUUUUUUUUUUUAAAGAAAAAAAAUAUCCUCAUUACCACUUCUUUUUUCUCUCAUGAGAAAAUGACUUUUUUUUUUUUUAUUUUAAGUUCUCCAAUCAGCGACUUUAUUCUAGAAUUUACUACUUAAUUUUCUCUAGUUAAUUGUUUAUUUAAUUCCUGUAAGAUUUCAACUUGAAUCUUUUUUUUUUUUAUUUCUAUAUAACGUGGCCCUAACACCCCUUGGUAGUUGAUGAACUUUAAAUGCCGAGAAAGACGUUUUGAGGAAUCGAUUUUGUGCUUUUUUUUCUGUACAAUCUCCAACAAGCCAGUCGUGUCGUAAGUCUUUUGAAAAGGAUGCCACUUAAUUUUACAAGCCAAAUUUUGAUCUUUUCCCCCCUUCUGUUCGUACUCAAAUUUACUGCGACAAACCGGUUCAGAAAAUUUCCAAACACUACCUCAGAUCCUCUUAUGCACCAGUCACAACAAAACCCUGAGGUCAGUUAUUAAAAAGGGAAUUCUAACUCUUUAAAUCAACACUUAGCUUAUUUUUUUCUUCCUCCUGUUGUGGAAUCAUCGCUGUGUCCAUUUUACAACCAAAACAAAAAAUGCUGAAUAUUUUCACACUUUUCUACCAUGUUUACGAUGAGGAGUAACUGCGACACGAUGUAGGAAAAUCCAUGGAGGGUUAUUCUUCUUCUUCUUUGUUUUUUAACAGUGCUUUCAUUGUUUUUGUCUUAAUGGGUAAUGAUGACAUAGUCGCAGGCUUCCAAACAGGCGCUAACGUUGAUUAGCGCUUGUUGUUUGCGUGUUAAAAGGUGUCCUUUGUUUAUGACUAAGUUAUUUUUGUGGACUGUACAAUUCAUUUCCAUGUAUUUAUACCUUUUAAACAAUUGUCUACUCAGAAAUAGAUCUUUUUCCCAAUUUUAUGGGAAUGUGCAAUAAAGAUGGAGACAUUUGGACAUAAA